AUGGACGAAGAAAGUGAGAGAUUUAAAGAUGUGCAAAAACUGCAAGGAAAUAAUCUUGGAGAGGUAAGUAAAGUGAUUGUUGUUGUGCAUGUUGACACUGAAGUCCACUGACAAUAUAACACUUUUCCAGAUUUAAUACAAAGAGUACAGAUAGUCGUGGGUUUUGGAACAGGGUGAAAAUUAAAGUUGUUCAAUUCUGACUAGAAAAUUUUUAUGUGCUUAUCCUAAGUCGGUUGGUAUCGUCACCAGUUAGCUGGAAAACUGACUUGUUUAGCAACGAGGUAAAUGUUUAGUUGUUGUUCUUGUGAUUUAGGCUAAAAGCAUGUGCCGGACGGGAUAGCUCAGUUUGAAUGCUGCCUGCGUAUUUGAUGUCAAUCAGGACUAUCAAAGAUCGCUCAUACAUAGACACAACAGUUGCAGAGAAAUGAAGCAAGGCCACCUCAGUAAAGCGGCCCCAAAACUGCCCCGCUAUCCGAUAUCUGACGAUCUUUUGUAAGAUCAAAGAGGCCAAAUCCGCGGCUAUAGAAACGAGUCCAUCUCCAUGCUUAGUGUUAGAAACGAAAAGCGGCGGUUCAGAGGGUGGUACAAAAACUAACGGGUACAUGAAAUUGUAGACAAAACGGUCUCAUUCAGGAGGAUUUUUGUGAUUCACUGAACAUGCAUGCGUACAUGUCUUCAGUUAAAAUUGUCCCUUCUACUUGCCAUAUCUGAUAAGUUGAGAACCCUUCUUUUAGCAUUUAUCAUCUCAGUGGGGUCUUUAUCAGUAGAUUUUAACUGUGAACUUCAGUCUGUGCUUCACACAUAUUAACCUUACUUUCGGGAAUGAAAUUGCAACGAUCGAUAAAUAAGGUUUACUUUCUUUGAUUCGUCUCCAGGUUGCAAAUUUGGAGAUGCGCAUCAAAGAGCUGACUGAACAAAACCUGAGAUUGAAGGAUAAAGUAGUAGAGGCCCGAGAAAGCAGCAAAAAACUUCAAGAAGACUUACUUAAGAGUCAACAAAGAUGUUCGGAGAUCGAAAAAUGCAAUGAUGGAAAUGAAGUGAUGAGAGACAUCAUCAUAAAAAAGCUUCAAGGAGAAAAAGAGGAGCUAGACAAAGAAAUGCAUGUUUUGAAAAAGCACCUGGAACAUUUUAAUUUAAAUGGUGGACAAAAUGAUGCAGAUUUCGUAGAACUGAACAAGGAACUGCUACAAACCAAGCAAGAUCUUCAAGACUGUCAGGAAAUGGUGAAGUCUUUACAGAGAGAGAAUGAGUCAUUAAAACGUGAUUUGUUAGCAGCUGCAAAAAAGUUGGAGACGAUUCAAGCAGAGUGCGGAUCAGAAGAAGUGACAGGAAGUGGGUCAGAAAAUAAUUCUUUAUUGUAUAAAAUAGACAGCAUCAAGGAUCAACUGCGAAUGUAUCGUGAAAGCUGUUCUGGAUUAGAUAACGAAGUUGAAAUUUAUAGGGAAAAGUUGGAUUUAUGCAACGUGGAACUCGGGGCCAAGAAGGAGCAAAUUCAUGACAUCGAGAGGAGUAUUGAUGCUGCACAAAGAGAUAAGACAAGACUCGAACGUGAGUUACGGGAAGCCAAAAUAAAACUGGAAAGCUCAGAUGAGGAAUUAAACAACUUAUUAUCCGAAAAUCAGCAAUACAAGGAAAGGAUUAGAGAGCUAGAGUCAAAGACCGGCGAAAAUAGUGAGGAGAUCGCCUUCCAGAGGGGCCCCAAUCAAGAAUCGUCGCCUGAAGAAGACAAUAAGAAACUUGAAUACUUAGAGGCCGAGUUAUCGGAGAUGAGUCACAGACUGUCUGAAAGUGAGGCAGAAAGCUGUCGCCAUAAAUCACAGGUUCAAGAAUUGAACGUGCAGCUGAAGCAGUUGAUGGGCAAAAUCGCAGAACUAGAGUCACGCGCCCCAAUCAAACCCUAUGAUGGAGGGUUAGACUCCAAUGCACUACUCCAGCAAGCCAAGAGACAAGCGCAAGAAACACGCUUCGCGUUGCAGCGGAAAGAGAAGGAAAAUAACGAUCUCGAGUUGAAGUUGAAGGAAACGCGAGAAGAAAUGCACAAAAUGGAAAUCCAAACUAACCUUGGCGAAACACAGAGAGCUUCGCUAGAGAAAAAGCUGUCAGAGGAAAGAGAAAAAUGCUUAAAAAUGCAAGAUGAAUGCACUGGCCUUCAGCAAAGUAUUUCGAAACAGAAAAAAGAAGAAGAUGAUUAUAAACGUCAGCUUGCUGACAGGGACGUGAUUAUUGCUGAGCAGAAGGUCGUAGCUGCUAACAUGGAGUUAAAAUAUCAAGAACUUAGCGAGAAGCACACUGCGGUUCUUGAAGUGCAAGACCAAUAUGAACAGGAGAUACAGGAGUACAAAGACGACCUGUUGCAGACUCAAAAAGAUAUGGCGGAUAUGCAAGUGGACUCCAAAGUCGCGGAAAGUGAAAAGCAAGAGUUCAAACAACAAGUUGAUAUUGCUAACAAAACCAUUUCUGAUCUACAGUCAAAGCUUGAAGCCGCAGAUCAAGACAUGAAGGAAAAAGAACACGAGAUUUCAUCGACGAAGGAAAGAUUGAUAAGAAUGGAGGAAGAAUUGGAUGAAGCUUCUGAGGUAAAAAAAAAUCUGGAACUCCAGCUUCAUGAAAGUAACUCGAAUAUCAAGAGGAAGAUCGAAGAGGAAAGCAGCAUUCAGAGCCAGAUGGAGGAACUGCAGAAAACAUGCGAAUGUCUUCGUCAACAGGUGGAAGAAAAAGAACUUCUUGUUGAAAAUCUCAAGGACCAGAUCAGUUCUCUAGAAACAGACUUGGAUACAGUUAAAACUGAGCUUUCAUACAAGGAGUCUUUGAAUGAGACAAACUCCGACGAGCUUAAAAGGGUAAACUUGAAACUCAAAAGCAACGAGGAGGAAAUCAGUCGCCUUACAAAAGCGUGUGAAAACAUCUCAAAAGAAAAAGAAUCCCUUGACAUUGACUUGUCCGUGGCAAGGACGAAAAUAGACACAAUGGAAUCUAACUUAAAGGAAAAUGAAGCGAAGGAGAGUAAUCUGGUAAAAACUCUGCAAGAAGAACGCAAUAAGUUUGUUUACAAGGAGGCAGAUGUUGCUUCCUAUCGCUCCAAAAUUACUGCAUUGGAGCUGGAGUGUGAGGGACACGUCAAAGGAAAAAAAGAACUUUGCCAAAAAGUUGAUGAUCUAGAGGAGAAAAAAGCAGCAUUGAAAAACCAGCUGGAUGAAACUUUGACGUCUCGGGAACAUGAAUUUCGACGACGAAUCGAACUUGAAGAAAAAAUGUUGGAAAUGCAGCAAGAUCUCAAUGAAGCUAUCAAGACCAAGUCACAGGGAGAAGAAGAGCUUCAGGAUUUUUGCAGUAAGCUGGCGAAGUACGAGGGACAAAUCGAAACACUUCAAAGGCAAAACGAAGAGCUUAAAGAAAAAGCUAUUGAAGCCAACAUUGAACUUGCUAAAAACGGUGAAGAGCUAAUGAAACUAGAAAUUGUAGCGACAGAACAUCAGAAAAUGUAUGAGUCUGCGCAGGCUAACUUGUCGCAAAAAGACAAAAACUGCGAGGAUAUGCAAAACACGAUCAAAACUUUACAAAUCGAGUUGAAUAACGUCAAAAAUGAUCUGACCACGAGUAAACUGUCUCACGAGUUUGCCCUGGACGAAAAUAGCAGGCUCACUAGAAAGACACAAGAGCAAGAGACGAAAUUAGGGCUCUUUGAAAAUGAGAUUUCCGAUGCAAGCGAAGAAAAUAGGAAAGUGAAUGUCGAGCUGAGUUCUCAGAAUACAAAGUUUAAAAACCUGCAAAUCCAGUUAGGAACAGCCACAAGGGAAAAAGAGCGUUAUAAAGACGAUUUACAAUCUGUAGAAAAGAAAUUACAGAAACUUCAAGAGGACCUUCUGGUGGCUCAUAAUCUUGUACGAGAGAAAGAGCGAAUCGUUGACAGCUACAGGGCUGAAAUUGCUGAAAAAGACGGACAGAUUGAACAAAUAAAAAGCUCCAAAGAGUCCUUGGAAGGGAAAAACCUAGCAUUAAAGAAGGAAUUACAAACCAUUACAUUCUACCAUGACUCCACGGAGUCAAAGCUGAAGUCGUCUCAAGAUGAAAUUAAUUCCUUGAAAAGUAAGCUGAGUCAAUAUGAGACAACGUUAGAAGCCCUUGUUAAGGAGAGGGAUGACAGAGAAAUAAGAAGAGAAGAUUCCACCCAUGAACAACACUUGAAGCUCAUGUUAGAACAAAGUAAAGAACGACAGGCAGUCCUUGAGAAGGAAAUUUCAAGCAGCAAAACGAAAAUCUCUAAACUUGAGCAUGAUAUCAAAAUGUCUCGUCAAGAUUGCCUCGACACUCAGUUCGAACUUUCUAAAUCACAAAGACAACUCGAAGACUUGAAGGUCACCUCUGAUCAGUGUGAUAAGGAGAGGAAAAACCUGCGAGAAGAAGUGUUGGAAGUUAACCGAAAAUUAUCGGAACUGGAACUGAAAUACGAGGACGAGCGGAGAGAUAAUAAAGUGGUUCAAAGCCAAUUACAAGACACAACAGUCAGGGCGGAUGCCAAUAGAAACGAGAUACUAAAGCUCAGCAAACAGUGCGUGGAACAAAAGAUUCAUUUAGAGGCAACAAAGAAAGAGAUCGAGCAAAAAAAUAAUCAGAUACAAGAACUUAAGGCGGACAAAGAACACUUGGAGAAAAAGUCCACAGAACUUAGAAGCAGCCUUACAAGUGCUAAACCACUCACACUCUUCGAAUCUCCCCCUGUGGUUGUUGAAGUUCUACUCUAAUAACGGGUUGUCUUCUUGUAAAGAUUAGACUUUCUGGCUAACGUCUUCCGUUGUUUUUGUGUCGUUUGCUGAUUUCUCGAACUUGAAAUGA